AUGAAACCCUUAUUGCUGCUGGCAUUGGCCGCAGCUGUCGUGGAAGGCUGUGUCCGCGAGCGAGAUGUCGGUUCAGUCGAUGUUUUGAGUGUACUGUCGAAACGGGGACAUGAGCACCCGCAUCUUCCACACUUGUCCAAGUAUGAGUCUCUGUUGGUGAACAGCUUCGACAACACCACUGUCGAUAGCUGGGCUUACUACUAUACUCAUGGGAUACACAUUGCCGGAACCAACCAGAGCAUGGCGCAGUGGACUGCGGAUAAAUUCACGGAAUAUGGCAUUCCUUCCUCCGUCGUGUCGUAUGACGUGUAUCUGAACUACCCGGUUUCCCAUUCCUUGUCCUUGAGUCACCCUGACGGUACUACCUGGAAGGCUUCUUUGGAGGAGGAUGUUCUCAAGGAGGACGAUACCACUAGCUAUCCCGACCGUAUACCGACAUUCCACGGGUACUCAGCUUCGGGUGACGCGAGUGCGGAAUACGUUUAUGUUGGGCGUGGACAAAAGGUCGAUUUCGAGAGACUUAUCGAGCUGGGCGUUGACUUGAAGGGGAAGAUUGCUAUUGCUAGAUAUGGCGGUCCAUUCCGAGGCUUGAAGAUUAAAAAUGCCCAGGACCAAGGGAUGAUCGGCUGCAUCAUCUUCACUGAUCCCGGCGACGACGGGAACGUGACUGUUGCAAAUGGCUUGAAGGCAUAUCCUGAUGGUCCGGCUAGAAACCCUUCCUCGGUUCAGCGUGGGUCGGUUCAGUUCCUGUCUACCUACGCGGGUGACCCAACUACCCCCGGAUAUCCAUCUCUGCCAGGUUCCCCACGACAGGACAAGAACCGCGUCCUACCAAGGAUCCCGUCCCUUCCAAUCUCACAGCUUGACGCGCAGCCAAUCCUUGCAGCUCUUGAUGGCCACGGAACCCCGGGUAAGGAGGUAAACCGCACCAGAUGGGUUGGAGCUCUGAAUGCGACCUACUCUACCGGUCCAGCCCCGGGAGCCAAGCUUUCCAUGAGCAAUGUGAUGCGUGAUACCUACUCUCCUAUCUGGAAUUCUAUUGGAAUUAUCAACGGAACCGAGCAGGACGAAGUAGUCGUUAUCGGAAACCAUCGCGAUGCAUGGAUUAUUGGAGGAGCUGGCGAUCCAAACUCUGGAUCGUCAAUUUUGGUUGAGCUCGCCAAGGCAUUUGGAAAGCUUCAAAAGGCCGGCUGGAAGCCAAAGAGAACUGUUGUGCUGUGUUCUUGGGAUGCUGAAGAAUACGGUCUGGUUGGAUCUACCGAAUGGGUUGAAGAAUAUGCAACGACGGUUGCAUACCUCAAUAUCGACGUUGCCGUCUCCGGUCCUAUACCCGACCUCAGUGCUACCCCUGAACUGCACAAGCUAGCCCUUGAGACUAUGAAGAAGGUUCUCUGGCCAUACAAGGGACGCAAGGACAUGACCAUGUAUGACGCCUGGAAUGCCGCCACUGGCGGUGACGUUGGCGUCCUGGGCAGCGGCUCUGAUUACACCGCCUUCGUCCACAACGGCAUCGCAUCGCUUGACACUGGAGCUGGAGGAGACAGUAACACUGACCCUGUCUAUCACUAUCACUCCAACUAUGACUCGUAUCACUGGAUGGCGACCUACGGCGACCCUGGCUUCCACACUCAUGUUGCCAUGGGCCAGUUCCUGGGUCUGCUGGGCUACCACCUGUCCACCGACGACAUCAUCCCCUUUGACGUGACCAACUACGGCGUACAGAUGACCAAGUAUCUGGAUGAUCUGAAGGCCUACGUGGCUGCGUCCAUGUUCCCUGACCUCGACCUGGGCAAGAUCGAGAGUGCCAUCUGCUCCUUCAACGUCUCCGCCAAAGCGGUUGCGAAGCUACAGAGAAGAGCCGAACAUGACCGUCACGACAAGAAGCUGGAGAAGCAUCUCAACACCAUCUACCGAGACUUUGGGCGCGGGUUUGUGUCGCAGGGCGGACUUCCGGACCGUGAAUUCUACAAGAACAUGCUGUACGCUCCUGGUCUGGACACCGGAUAUGCACCGACUACCUUCCCUGGAGUGGCCGAGUCCCUCGAUGUUGGAAACAGGACCAGAGCCGUGGAGUUUGUCGAACGGGUGAGCAAUGCCAUCUAUGUAGCUGGCGGCAUCCUCUCGUCCUGCCACGACUGCAAUGACUUUGUCGUCCAGGAGUAG